AUGGCACAACAAGGAGCUCAGCUGGAUGAAGCUAAAUACUGCUGUUCAAUCUGUCUAGAUCCACUGGAUGAUCCAGUGACUAUUCACUGUGGACACAGCUACUGUAUGAACUGUAUUAAACAACAUUGGGAUGGAGAGGAUCAGAAGAAAAUCUACAGCUGUCCUCAGUGCAGAAAAAAAUUCACACCAAGACCUGUCCUGAUGAAAAACACUAUAUUAGCAGAUUUAGUGGAGGACCUGAAGAAGACUGGACUCCAAGCUGCUCCAGCUGAUCACUGCUAUGCUGGACCUGAAGAUGUGGCCUGUGAUUUCUGUACUGGGAGAAAACUGAAAGCUGUCAAGUCCUGUCUGCAGUGUCUGGUCUCUUACUGUGAGCAACACCUGCAGCCUCACUAUGAAUCUCCUGCCUUUGAAAAACACAAGCUGGUCAACCCCUCCAAGAAGCUUCAGGAGAACAUCUGCUCUCAUCAUGAUGAACACAUGAAGAUUUUCUGUCGCACUGACCAAACAUGUAUCUGUUAUCUGUGCUCCAUGGAUGAACAUAAAGGACAUGAUACAGUAUCAGCUGCAGCAGAAAUGACUGAGAAGCAGAGAGAGGUAAAAGGGAGUCGACAAAAAGUCCAGCAGAGAAUCCAGGACAGAGAGAAAGAUGUGAAGCUGCUUCAACGGGAGCUGGAGUCCGUCAAUCGCUCUGCUGAUAAAGCAGUGGAGGACAGUGAGAAGAUCUUUGCCGAGCUGAUCCAUCUCAUUGAGAAAAGAAGCUCUGAUGUGAAGCAGCAGAUCAGAUCCAGGCAGAAAACUGAAGUGAGUCGAGUCAAAGAGCUUCAGGAGAAGCUGCAGCAGGAGCUUGUCAAGCUGAAGAAGAAAGAUGCUGAGCUCAAGCAGCUCUCACACACAGAGGAUCACAUCCAGUUUUUACACAACUAUUCCUCACUGUCACAUCUCAGUGAAUCUACAGACUCAUCCAGCAUCAAUAUCCGUCCCCUGCAGUACUUUGAGGGCAUGACAGCAGCUGUGUCAGAGCUCAGAGUUAAACUACAGGAUAUUCUGAGUGAGAAAUGGACAAAUGUCUCACCGACAGGGACUGAAAUGGACUUCUUACAGUCUGAAGCAGAGCCAAAGACCAGAGAGGAGUUCUUAAAAUAUUCAUGUCAAAUCACACUGGAUCCAAACACAGCAUAUGAUUCUCUGCUAUUAUCUGAGGGGGACAGAAAAGUAUUCUUCACUCCUAAACAGCCCUAUUCUAGUCACCCAGAUAGAUUCACUGUGUAUCCUCAGGUCAUGAGUAGAGAGAGUAUGACUGGACGUUGUUACUGGGAGGUGGAGUGGAGCUGUGGAGGAGUUUCUGUAGCAGUUACAUACAAGAACAUCAGCCGAGCAGGGACCAUUGAGGAAUGUUCAUUUGGACAAAAUGACAAAUCUUGGCUUUUAUGUUGUUACGAAAACAUUGUGAAUGAAUUUAAAGACAAUGUCUCAACUCCUGUCUCAGGCUCUGAAUCGUCCAGAGUAGGAGUGUACCUGGAUCACAGUGCAGGUAUUCUGUCCUUCUACAACGUCUCUGACACCAUGACUCUCCUCCACAGAGUCCAGACCACAUUCACUCAACCUCUCUAUGCUGGACUCUUGCUUUAUGGUUGUGGACAAGUUGCAAAGAUCUGUAAACUCAAAUAG